AUGAUACGGCCAAGGGGUCCCGUUCUCGUCCUCAAGCAGAAUACCAAACGCGAAACUGGGCGCAAGGCGCAGCUAGCCAACAUCCAGGCUAGCAAGGCGAUUGCAGAUAUCGUUAGGACUACACUGGGGCCAUCGUCGAUGUUGAAGAUGCUUCUGGAUCCUAUGGGCGGCAUUGUUCUUACCAAUGAUGGAAACUCCAUUUUGCGCGAAGUGGAUGUCGCUCAUCCUGCUGCCAAGACGAUGAUCGAGCUGUCUCGAUCACAGGAUGAGGAGGCCGGGGAUGGAAGCACAUCUGUAGUUGUCCUCUCAGGAGAGCUUCUGUCUUGCUCGGUGGAUCUCUUAGAGAAGCAGCAGCUGCAUCCCGCUGUCAUUUCUCGCGGAUUCAUGCGGGCUCUAGAGGAUGCCUUGGGGUUCCUUGAUGAACUGUCGAGGUGUAUAGACACCUCGGACGACAGCAAAGUCGUAGAGACACUGGAUGCGUGCUUGAACACGAAAUUCGCAUCACGGUGGCAAGGCCUUCUCAGUUCCAUGGCCCUUAAAGCCGUUCGCAAGAUCGCAAGACAGUUGCCAUCAGGCAAAACGGAAAUUGAUAUCAAGAGAUACUGCAAGGUAGAAAAGGUUCCGGGUGGGAGUAUUGAAGAGAGCUGCAUGUUGAAUGGCCUGAUGAUAAACAAGGACGUUACCCAUCCUAAGAUGAAGCGACUGAUAAAGAAUCCAAAGGUUUUACUUCUAGACUGCCCUCUUGAAUACAAGAAGGGGGAGAGCCAGGCAAGUGUCGAGGUGACCAAAGAAGACGAAUGGCGACGUUUGCUGGAGCAGGAGGAGCAGGAGGUUCAUGCGAUGUGUCAAGGCAUCAUUGAGAGUGGUGCUACGGUCGUUAUCACUGAAAAAGGCGUCUCAGACUUAGCGCAACACUUCCUCGUCAAGGCAGGGAUCAGCGUUAUCCGGAGAGUUCGCAAGACAGACAACAACAGAAUCAGCAGAGCCACCGGUGCCACCAUUGUGUCACGCACAGACGAAAUUCUCGAAUCGGACUUGGGAACUAAAUGUGGCCUCUUCCAAGUCAAGAAAAUUGGAGACGAGUACUUUACCUUCUUGCUAGAAUGCGAAGAAGGCUCUGCAUGCACCAUCGUGCUUCGGGGUGGCAGCAAGGAUGUUCUCAAUGAGGUUGAGCGCAAUCUGCAGGACGCCUUGCACGUCGCUAGAAACAUCCUCCUCGAAGGAAAGCUCCUUCCAGGAGGAGGUGCAGCCGAGAUGGCUGUAGCCGCACGCCUUCUCAACAAAGCAAAGAGCAUUGAUUCUCUUUACCAGUACUCGUAUAGAGCCGUGGCGGCUGCUCUGGAAGUCAUUCCGCGCACUCUGGCGCAAAACUGCGGUGCAAACGUUGUGCGGGUAAUGACGGAUUUACGAGCCAAACACAGUCGGCUGGAAGACUCCAAGGCCUCGUGCAUGGGUGUCGAUGGAGAGACGGGGGAGCUGUGCAACAUGCAGGAAAAGAUGGUGUGGGAUUGCCUGUCGGUGAAGCAGCAGAUAUACAAGGCUGCCAUCGAGGCUGCUGCUGUGUUGCUGCGUAUUGAUGACGUGCUGUCUGGAGUGCGAAAGGAAGGUAGAGACGGAGGGGCCCAAGGUGACGGGGGGGCCCCCGAGGACAUGGAGACUUUUGGUGACUCGCGCGAUGGUUAA